GGUCGACAGCUUGCCGAUACCGUUCGGCCGAGUUUUGGCAGCCGAGCUGAGACGAAAGGUGUCUGUUUUUGACGCAGCAGCGCAAACAAAGUGCGCAGGCAGUGCAACGAUUAUCACGUUCGCAGGCCACCGAGAAGUGAUGUAAAUAAUAUAAUAAAACCUUCGUAACAUUGUAAACAAAGACUAUUUAGUACUUACAAAUGCCUAUUUACCAGAAUACUAACGUGUCGUGAAAGGUGAACGGCAAAAAUUACAUCCAGUGCAAUCUACGACACAAGUGACUCGAUACGAAAAACAACGUAAAACAAUAAUGUAAAAUGUAUCCGUGAUUUGUAGACUGUAACUAAACUGUUGUUUUGUAAAGAGACUAUAGUUUUUCGGAGUAAAGUAAACAAUAGGAGCCCCGUGUAUUGGAUGAACAGAAAGCAGAGGGUGGCGGGCGGCAGGAGAGAGCGCGCGGCGCGACGCGAGGCCGCGCGCGGCAGGUGACCGUCGGUCCGCGCGGCUCAUGUGGGCGGCGGGCGCGUGCUGCUCGCGCCAGGCAGGCGAGGGCGCGGCGGUCGCGCGCACGCCCGUCAAGACGUUCCAGGCGUACCUGCCGCCGGCGCACCGCACCUACAGCUGCAUCCACUGCCGCGCGCACCUGGCCAGCCAUGACGAGCUUAUAUCCAAGUCGUUCCAAGGCAGCCAGGGGCGCGCGUAUCUCUUCAAUUCAGUUGUAAACGUGGGUUGCGGUCCGGCGGAGGAGCGCGUGCUGCUGACGGGGCUGCACGCCGUGGCGGACAUUUACUGCGAGUGUUGCAAGACCAUGUUGGGGUGGAAAUAUGAGUACGCAUUCGAGUCGAGUCAGAAAUACAAAGAGGGCAAGUUCAUAAUCGAGCUCGCUCACAUGGUGAAAGAGAACGGGUGGGACUGAGCGCCGUGCGCUGUGCUCGGACUAUAGUGCUGUGACAUGCCCGGCCCAGGCCUCGCGUCAAUUAGCCCGCGCGGCAUGUGAGCCGACCGCGGGCAUGAGGGCGCCACGCCGCCGCGAGCCCUCGUGAUGACGUCACGGGCGAGGACCACUCGCCGCCUGAUGUAGCACGCGAUAUUACCCCUAUUCAAAUGCUCACAGGCUAGGUUUGCGCCUGCUAACUUCACUCACAAAGCUUCGUUGUUACUUGAGUGAAGUUAGCGGGAGUAGUGGCGUGCACGUGAUUCGGAGCUUGGAUACGCAAAGUUAGGUUAAUUAAUUAUAUUUACUGACUGGCAUGAUGAAAAAUGAGCAUUGAACUCAACUAUCCAGAACAAUGAAAGGGUCAAUAAAGUUGUGAUAAAGUGAUUUUCACUUUUUUAUUUUACAAUAAAUUAAUAAACCAUUUUGUUUAAUUUAAAUCAACUUUAAUUCAAAUCGCUGUAAACAUUUGACUGAUUUGAAAAGUUAUGGUGGCCCUUAUUUUGUUUUGAGUAGUAUAUUUCAACUUGGGUAAGCAGUGCUUUUUUGGCUCUAUCACCUGCACGCCACUGAUUAUGGAAAAUCUUAUGUCAAGCCGUGCCUGUUAGCACUUGAAUAGGGUAAUAAUAUGAGUCGCACGAAUCGGCCGACUUCGAAAAAGAGAUUAUUUUUGUCAUAAAAAAAUGUUAUGGGGAUAUCGACGGCGACCGAUUCGGGCGCUUAGUAUGUUGAUGUGUGGGGUUGGAUACGAAGGAGUAAAGACUAUUGUUUGCGGAAUUGACCGAUUGUCAUUAGGCUUCAGCGCUUGAGCACCGCCAGUGGUUACAUAUACAUAAGUAAUCGAUCUCAGCCGCCCAGCGUUGGGCAGUGGGCUUACAAUUUAUACUAAUUUUAGUUUGUAUUUCAAAACGAUUUUAGUUCCGUCGCUAAUGCGCGGGCCCUUAACACCUUGUCCACAAGGAGCGAAUACGCCGCGAAUCGUUUCGCGCGAAUUUAUACGCGUAAUGGCAAGAUACUGGACGCCAAUACAUCGGGUCCACAAGCAUCGCGCGAAUUUAACAUACGCGCGUAUGCUGCGUUUAGUACGCUAUUCUCGAGUUGUUCGCGCGAGGCAAGAUUUACGCGCGAAACGAUUCGCGGCGAAUUCGCCCGUUUGGAGAAGGUCUAAGUUGUAUUAGGUUAUUUUACACAUAAUCGCUGUAUUGAGAGAACACUAAUUCUUUCUCUUGUCCCCUUAACCUGUGAUAAGUAUGUUAGUGUAGUUUUGAAUUUCUUGAACGAUUUUUUCUCAAAGAGUUGCUCAGAGAUGACAGAUGUAUGUUCCUAAUGAUUUCAGCUGUACAAGAUUGCUUUUAUUUUGUUCUUCGAGGAAACUAGUCGAAACAGAAUGUUCGCGGUUAAAACCCGUAUUUGAUUUGCGCCAGAUUAUUAUGAUUUAUAAUUUUUAGUUAGGACAUAUUGUAUUGAUUUGAAAAAUUUCUGUGUAUAGUUCUUGCAUUUCAAGAGUGCGCGUGGCUUACGCUUUUGUUUAAGUCGUAUCGAUAUAAGUAAUGUAAAUGUGUGUGUUUGCGAGCACUUGCUCGCGAUUGGUCGGACAGCUACGCACACUUACGCAAUGUCCAUGUAAACGACGUAACCACAAGUAAAGCUCACUCACACACACUUAUGAAUUGCAAGAACUAUAGAAGAAUAUGAUUUCUUUUGGAGGAAUACUUAUGGAGCUUAAAGUUAAUUAAUUGAUCUUUUUGUUUAGUUUUUGAUUUAACCAUCUGUAUUUAUGAUUUUCUUUUGGAAGAAUACUUAUGGAGUUUAAAGUUAAUUUGAUGUUUUUGUUUACGUGAUAGUCGGUAUAAUAUGGAGAGGUCGAUGCGAGAUCAAUUUUUAUAUAGACGAAGGAUUAGGAGCGACGAGUUUUAUUAUUCAUUUAUUGUUUCCAUUAUAAUGUAAUAAUAUUUAAUUAGUAGAGACAUUUAACCCCGUAUAUUUUAUCUUAAUAUGCAUAUGGUACUUCAUUUAAUUAAUAAUAAUGAUGUUAUCUGUGUAAGAAAAUGCAUGAGCUUCGAUUAUUAUCAAUGACUGUGUAUCGAUAACGAUAUGUCGACGUUGGAGAUUCCUACAUCCCUAUAAUUACGAAACUUGCGAAGGCGAUUACAAAAUAUAAUUGUAUUUGAUUUGUAGGGUACUUUAUAGGUACCUACGGAUUGUUGUGUCGCUAUUGCAAGUCGAAUUACAUUACAAGUUUAGCGUGGCCACACUAUCCGAUAUGAGCUCGAAAAAAUAUGAAAUACUUCUUGAAACUAUCUAGUCGGACAUACUCCGACAAACAAGUGAGUGAAGCCGUCAUGUAUGACGGCUUCGCUCACUUGUUGAACCCGACAGGAAAUAGACAUCGACCUUUAGAAAGAGAUAGCGGUUACGUAGAGCGUUGUCUCUGUCGUUGAGAUUGACAACAAAACGUCACAUAGGUAUGAGUGACAGAGACAAAGCUCUACUAAGCCGAAAUCUCACUCUAAAGGUCGAUGCACAAUAUUUCUUUCUGGCUACUGUACAUAUAUCUAUGUAUUUAUGAUAAAUAUUAAUCUUAACCGCUAAAGUUUUGACAAGUGUCAUUUUUAUUUAUCGAUAUAAAAAUGAUAAAGAUGACUAGUAUAGUAAAAAAUGGACAAAACUAUUGACGGCGACAUUGUGGCCAGUUUAUCGAUAAUUUUUAACAUUUAAAAACUAUCGAUAAUUCAUCUAUUCAGCCGCCAAAACUAGUACACUUCAUGUACUUAAGAGGCCCUUUUGAGCAGAUCGGAUAGUGUGAUAACACUAAAACGUUUUAAAUAUAAUGACGUCCGAUAAAAAUAGAAAUUAAAUUUACAUACAUUUCAACCCGACUGCGCGUUGAAGGGGCUUACAGAAAGGUGUAACUGACUGUAUUUAAUCGUAAUUAUAUUAUGGGAAAAUGUACUUUAAUAAGCAUCGAAUUUGGGAACAUAGGUGUUUAGCGGCUGUCAUAAUGACAGUGUGACAUAAUGUGACAUACGAGUAUGUAGGUAAAUGGAUGUGAAUGUGUAAUAUAAAGUGAAGGGAAUAUUUGCUUGUGCUGUAGUGCUGUCAUUAGUCAUUGUAACUGUACCCCAUCCACUGAAAGAAGUUAGAAUAGGGCUUUCUCUGUUACGUAAUCCCAUACAAAUGAUGGAAGCAAAAAUCUCAUCACGAACAAUCACAAAUGAACUGCUUUCUAAUUGAAUUUCGAAUGUUUUUUGGAAACAUGUAUGUGAUUGGUUGGCCUUUGAGAUUUUUGUUUCUAUCAUUUGUAUGGGAUUAUAUAACAGAGAGAGCGCUGUACUGACUCAUUUCUGCUAAUGGGGUACAUAACUUCACGAGGUGUCAUGAUCGUUAGUUGUAUCUGUCAUACAAUACAAUCCGUAAAGAAUUAUACAUAGUACACAGUAGCUCAAUGCAUUCAGUGAAAAUGUAUUCAGACCAUUCCACAAGGGAUGUUGCCAACUAAUCAAAUCAACAAAUUUUUAUCUAACGUCAAAUCGGAGCUUGAAAUUAAUAGUGAAAAGAGACAUCAUAAAGUUUGAUGUAAUUCUUAAACGGUUAAUUGAUGACGGCAUUCCGAACCAGUGGUAAACUAUUUUGACGAUUUAAAAGUACUUUUAAAAGUCUAUUUGAAUAAAAAUCUAUUCUAUUCUAAUCUAUACUUUAAAUCUAAGACAGGACAUGGAUUAAUUUUUUUUAAGACCCUAUUAAACAAUAAAAAAUAAUUUAUUUUUUACGUAGGCAACAUUCCUGGUGCGCUGGUUGCCAACUUUUGUCGGGUUUUGGAAAACCGGGUCCCUGAUUGAACCGCUUUCAAACCUGUGUGAAUUUGCGUUGUAAAUCGUGUUGGUAAAAAUAUCGUAUCAAAGUCUCGUCAGUGCUGCAGAUAGAAAAAAUAAAUUAGAAUUCGAAUCUUGUCAAAAGUUGGGGCAUUAUUGGUGUUAACGAAUAACACAGAUUUAUACCUAAACACAGAUCUCUGUCUUAUUUGUAGAAUACAAUAUAAAUAAAUUCACAAAUGGCAGCGUUAGUCGGGUUUAAAAG